AUGGGACCCGUUCAACCACCCCAAAGGAAGGGAAGAGUCCCUAAGUACUCCAAACAUCAACUCGACACUCUUCAAGAAAAAUUUGAUGAACUUGAAAGUAUUGGCGUCUUUAAACGCCCUGAAGAUAUUGGCAUUACUGCAGAAUACGUCAAUCCAUCCUUCCUGAUUAAAAAACCGAAUGGUGGAUUCAGGCUAGUGACUGCCUUUGCUGACGUCGGACGUUAUAGCAAACCGCAGCCAUCCCUUAUGCCAGAUAUAGACUCAACAUUAAGACAAAUAGCCCAAUGGAAGUACAUCGUUAUAACGGAUCUUACAAAGUCAUUUUACCAAAUUCCUUUGGCGAGGGAGUCAAUGAAAUACUGUGGCGUUUCUACACCAUUCCGUGGAGUGCGAGUGUAUGUGAGAUCCGCUAUGGGAAUGCCGGGUUCAGAAACUGCACUAGAGGAACUAACCUGCAGAGUCCUUGGUCACCUCGUUCAGGAAGGAGUUGUAGCCAAAAUCGCGGAUGACCUGUAUUGUGGGGGCAACACACCUGAGGAUCUUAUGCGUAACUGGGAAAGAGUCCUUGAAGCCCUACAUAGAAGCAGCCUUAAUCUAUCCACAUCAAAGACAAUAAUCGCACCAGCACCAGCUCAGGCUACAAUUCUUGGUUGGAUCUGGCAUCUCGGCACAAUUAGUGCAAGUAAACAUCGCAUUUCCACUCUUUCUACUUGCGAGACUCCCCAAACAGUAACGUCUCUUCGCUCAUUCAUUGGUGUUUAUAAGGUCUUAUCACGUGUUAUCCAGGAUACAUCACAACUCCUCUCACCACUCGAUGACAUAGUAGCUGGCCUUAAUUCCAAGGACAGAAUUGUGUGGACAGAUGAUCUGCUGUCAGCCUUCCAUAGAGCACAAGAGGCUUUAACUACACAUAAAUCUAUUACCCUUCCACGACCGAGUGAUCAACUGUGGAUUGUUACAGAUGGAGCCUUAAAGAAAUAUGGACUUGGUGCCACCCUUUAUGUAGAAAGGAACGGCAAACCCCUCUUGGCAGGUUUUUUUAGUGCAAAACUCCGCAAGAACCAGCGACAGUGGUUACCAUGUGAAAUUGAAGCCUUAUCAAUUUUCGCAGCUAUUAAGAAUUACAGUCCAUAUAUAAUACAAUCAGGGCUUCCGGCUUGUGUAUUAACUGACAGCAAACCUUGUGUUCAUGCUUACGAGAAGCUUUGCAGAGGAGAAUUCUCAGCCAGCCCCCGAGUCUCCAAGUUCCUAUCAACUGCAAGCCGCUUUCAAAUAUCCACCAGGCACAUUUCCGGUCAAGCUAUUUUGCCUUCCGACUUUGCCAGCCGAAAUGCCUCUGAAUGUAACAACACCUCAUGCCAGAUCUGUAAUUUCGACCAUCGCCAAGAGGAAUCUGUUGUUCGCCAUGUAACUACAAAAGAGGUUCUUGAUGGGAUAGCCAAUCUACCCUUUACGAGCAGGGCAGCAUGGCUCUCAAUUCAAUCUGGGUGCUCUGACCUCCGCCGUACAGUGGCCCAUCUACGUCAGGGAACACGUCCAUCAAAGAAACUUACGAACGUGAGAGACGUCAAAAGAUACCUCAAUGUUGCAUCAAUCUCGAAAGACGGUUUAUUGGUAGUAAAGCGGAACGUCCCAUUUGCGCCAAGCAGAGAUUUUAUCAUUAUCCCAAGACGGGUCCUGAACGGCUUACUUACCGCUUUGCACAUUAAACUUGACCAUCCCUCUAGUCACCAACUCAAGUGUGUUGUCAGUCGAUAUUUCUACGCCUUAGACAUGGACAAAGCUGUAGAAGUGGUCACAAGUACGUGUCACCAAUGUGCCUUCCUACAGAAAAUGCCAAAGUUUUGUCAGCAACAGAGCUCUUCUGAUCCUCCAGAAACAGUCAGCACUUCUUUUGCCGCUGAUGUUCUUAGACGUGAACGGCAAAUGGUAUUCGUGCUGCGAGAAAGCAUCACCUCUUACACAUUUACCAAAUUACUCGAGUCUGAACGCAACAAGAAACUUCGUGAUGCCAUCCUUCAACUGUUAGCCGACGUUCACCCUCUUGAUGGUCCAUUUGCUGCUAUACGAACAGACUCAGCCCCCGGAUUUAAGGCCCUAGUAAACGACGAACUUCUUGAGCGACACCGUAUCAAAUCGAACUUGGUCGCCCUAAGAACGUUAACAAGAACCCUGUGGCAGAGAGGACAGUCCAAGAACUAG